AAUCGAUUCAUUACGUGUGAAAGUGUUGGACGGUGAAGCUAAGACCAAAUACGGGAAUACGCAGUACGGAAUCGGAAUCGGAAGAAAGCAUAGCUCAAAAAUGUUGAAUAUUAGUGUGGCUCUGGUCAGUGCCCUGAUCUGCCUUGGAGGUGCCCCUGCCCUUGGCAGCUUCUUCCAUGGCCACGCCCCAGCACCAGCAGCAGUAGGAGUUCCGGUCGGUGUUCCAUUUCCAGUGCAUGUGCCAGUGCCGGUGCCCUCUCCAGUUCCCGUGGCAGUGCCUGCUCCAGUGGCAGUGCCUGCCCCUGUGGCCGUGUCCGACACCGUGACCGUUCCCGCCGCCUACGGCUAUGCAUCUGUUCCUUCUUUCUACCAUGCAGCUCCUCCUCCGCCUAAGGCACACUUCAACUAUGCCGCAGCCUAUGCGGCCCCUGCUCCUGCCAUCAAGUACUCUUUGGGGACUCCAGUGACCACCACAACCACAACGUAUACAGGAUUUGCGGCGCCGCCUCCUCCUCCUCAAUACGCAGCACUGCCUCCGCUUCAGUAUGCAGCACCGCCGCCUCUUCAGUAUGCGGCGCCUCACUAUGCAGCGCCCCCGUAUGCUGCUCCAGCCCGUUCGCAGUUCUUGUCGAGAUUUGCACCGCCUCCUGGCUACCAGUUGGCAGCAGCAGCACCAGCAUUCCAUGGCAGAUACAAACUGCACUUUGGGGCGCCUCCACCAUCGCCAGCCGCCGUCUACGGGGCUCCACCGCCGCCGCCGCCGUCUCUGUCCUACGGCGCCAACCAGGGCUGGUAGGCUCUGUUUCCAGAUGUCUCCAUCAGCAUAAAUCCGCAUAAGUACCCGCAUAAAUAUGCGUAUACCCUUAUAUGUAAAUAUGCGUAAAAUAUGAAUGAAUUUAUUUCCUCAAAUUAGCAAUUAAUUAAACCCAAAUUAUAAUGUUGUUUAA